AUGAACCCCUCCAACAACAACAUCAACAACCUUACAGCAGAGCCGGCCCCCCAGCACCAGCACCGCCAGCACCACACCAUUAGUCCGCAGGACGAGAUGAACCUCAAGGGCACACCGGACGCCAACGGUAACACUAUCAACAAACACUCACUUCCACCGCCAUUGCACACAAUGCCCAAAGUGAAGAAGCAAAGACACUCUAGUGUCACCCCGGUUGGCACGCCCAUAGAUAUGUCUCGACAUCAUCUUCAUAUGGACCGGAUGAGAACGGAAUCCUUCUCUCAUAAUUCGUUGAACCACAGACCGGUGACCUCGUGUUCCCAUUGCAGACAACAGAAGAUUAAAUGCGAUGCGAGCCAGAACUUCCCGGCUCCUUGCUCUAGGUGCCAGAAGAUGGCUUUGCAAUGUCAGAUCGACCCACGAUUUAAACCGAAAAAGGGCUCACAAUUACAAUUCUUAAGAAACGAUAUCGACGAUUUACGAUCAAAAUUGGAUUUCUUAUUGAGUAAAGAAUGUAUCAUUGGUCAGAUCUUGCAGAGGGAUAAUCAGGGGAGGUCACUACUGCAACAAGCCAUGAGUGAUACUCCACCACCACUGCCGCAACUACAACAACAACAACAACAACUGUCAAACCCGGACGUAAUCAAUAAAGUCUCUGUGCAGACGUAUCUUGUCGGUGAACCUCAAUUGUUGCAACAGCAGCAGCAGCAGCAGCAGCAACAGGAAGAACCGUCGCAUUCUGCGAAAUUACCACCGUUAUUAAAUGAUUCAGUGCCUCCUAACGCUUCCAAAGAGGUUUUACCUCUGGCGUUGAAGAUGGCCCUUCAUAAAAAUACCUCGAGUCAAAAUCAGAUUAACUCACGACAUAAUAGCAGAUCAGUGUCCCCGCUGAACGUGUCAUUCCCACAUGCCUCAGCUCCACCAUCAACAACAGCUGCUACUAACAACACGACGGGCUUGGCUCACGCAACAAACGCAAAUGAUAUUCAAGUGAAAAGAGAACAUGUCAUCGCCACGACAAAGACCAUCCCAUUAUUACCAUCACCGCAUGGUAACGUGGAUGAAUUCGUCCUGGGGAACAUAAGUAUCUCCAUUGAUAAGGCAAACGAAUUGCAUCAUAUCUUUGUACAUGAAUAUCUGCCCUAUUUCCCCAUUUUAAAAUCUUACUCGGCCACUGAACUAUAUUCACAAUCACAAUUGUUGUUCUGGACAGUCAUGUUGACUGCAUCUCUUUCAGAUCCAGAACCAACCAUGUAUAUAGAAUUAGCAUCACUGAUAAAGCAAUUGGCCAUCGAAACAUGUUGGAUGAGAACACCCAGAUCCACCCAAAUCUCACAGGCAUUACUCAUAUUAUGUAAUUGGCCCCUACCAAAUUCAAAAGUGCUAGAUGAUUGUUCAUAUAGAUUCGUAGCAUUAGCUAAGUCAUUGUCGUAUCAAUUGGGUCUUCAUCGAGGAAAAUUCAUUCAAGAAUUUACUAGAACACAGACUUCAAUGCCCAAUGCUGAAAAAUGGAGAACGAGAACUUGGUUGGGUAUAUUCUUUGCAGAACUUUGUUGGGCAAGUAUAUUAGGGUUACCAUCCACUUCACAAACUGAUUACCUUAUAGAAAAGGCAAUCGUCAUUGAUGAAAAUGAAUCAGAGAAUGAUCUUACAGAAGAUACCGAAGAUGAUCUGGAAAGUUCUGAUGACACUGAUGCAGAUGAUAAUGAAGAUCGUUUGCCCAAGAGAUUCAAAAGAUUGUUAUGCCUAGCAAAUUUCCAAUCCAAAUUGUGUGGUGUCAUGGGAUCCAGUGUAACUAGCCCUGAUGGACUAUUGGAAUCCGACAAACGUAUCCCAGCCAUCACCAAAUUGGAAUCGGAAUUGACUGAGUUGAAUGAUAAAUUGAAUUUCAGAGCUGACAACGUUACUCAAAUAUAUUACCUCUACGUAAGGUUAAUGGUUUAUUGUUUUGUGUUCUUACCAGGUACUUCCAUGGAAGAUCAAUCGAAAUAUGUCAUGGAGACAUACGUUUGUAGUACCCAAAUUGUCACUUUACUAACUAAAUUAUUGGAAAGACAACAAUUGAUUGCAUUACCCAUUUACAUUAGACAAAGUGCCUCAUUUGCAUCAUUAAUCCUUUUCAAAUUACAAUUGUACCCAAAUUUACUAGGUAAAUACUUGGAUUCAGCAAGACAAUCCAUAGUCACGGUGCAUCGUUUAUUUAGAAAUCAAUUAACCGCAUGGGCUACCGGUGUAGAAAAUGAUAUUUCAAGAACGGCAAGCAUGUUGGAGAAAUUAAAUAUGGUCCUGAUUACUCAUCCUCAUGUGUUUAUUGAAGAACCCGGUAUCAUCUCCAGAAUGAGAUCUCAUUUGACAGGAUCUUUAUUCUAUGAUUUGGUAUGGUGUGUGCAUGAGGCAAGAAGAAGAGAAAUGGAUCCACAAUACAAUAAGGAUGCACUCAAGAGAGCAGAAAAGAAAAGAAGGGAAAGAGAUCCAACUGAUACGGAAAAUGGUUCAGGAAACGUUAAACUUUACCCAUUACCAUUAUAUAAUCAUAUAUCCAGAGAAGAUUUUGAAACUAUAACACAAACUACCCCGAACGGAACUACAAUUACCACUCUAGUCCCCACAAAGAAUGCCCUCAUGAAUGCAGAAAACUUGGCAAAGACAAACAAAAAUUCCAAUGGGACCAUUUCGGAAAUUAAUGGAAUACCCUUAUCCAUGUUAGACCAAACAGGUAGCGUUCAAUUAGAUGAAUCUCCAAUGGUGAGCGGGCAAGAUGCGACAUUACCAAGUUUCUCUAACAGUAAUGAACCGUUACCAAACAUUCCAAGAGGUAUACGAAGUCACUCUCAUCCAGCAAAGGCACAAGUUGGAACAAGUUCACCAUCGGGACCAUAUCACCAAUCUAGUACCUCCAUGCAAACACCAGUAUCUCCUAUAACGUCUUCCCUCAGGAAAUUGGCCAAUCCAACAUCAUUAUUCGGGAACCAUCGAAACAAUAGCAACCCCUUACCUAAACAACUAUCUCAGCAUAAUUUGAACGCAAGAAAUAAUGGUACUAAUAGUGGCAACUUGAAGAAUGUUGAUGUUGAUUUAGCACCUCUACCACCAAAUCCGGUAACCAACCCCAACAGCUUCCCAAACCUAGACAUAUUCCAACCACCACAACAACAACAAGGGCAGCAAAUCACUGUCCCCCAACGAGGUAGAACGAGUGCAGAACAGAUUCCUCAUGAUAGUAGCAAACUACAACUAACGCAACUGUCAGAUUUCUUCCAACAACAAAGUGCAGGAUGGAUAGAAGGUGAUUUAAGCAAGGAUGAUUUUUUCGGCUGGUUUGACAUGGGGAUGGAACCAGAACUAUGA